GAGCUAAUAUAGAACGGACUCCCCAGUGGCUGUUCACGACGGAGUUGGGGAAGCACGAGUGAAACUUCCUGUCAACGUCGCAUUCGAAACGAGAAGGUCGACUCCCACAGCCAGCAAGAUGGGCGUCACCUACGAUGACUUGAUAGCUGCAAUGCUGAUGAAUGCCCCGGAUCCUAACGAGAAGCUGCCGCUCGCAAAUCGCCGGGAGACAAUAUGGGGUACGACGAUGCCUUUUCUCGUGAUAACAUGGGCCGCUGUGUUCCUACGCUUUUGGGUGCGAUUUCGAGUUAUGCGCGAGCCAGGAUGGGACGAUGCGCUCGUUCUGCUAGCGAUGUUGCUGAACACGGCUGCUACUGUAUUGGUACUAAUAUCUAUACGAUAUGGCCUUGGGCAACACUUCUUGUACCUCGAGGUUUCGCAAAUGAUGGGCUAUGUCAAGAUGUUUUAUUUUGAGAACGCGCUCUAUAUAACAAAUACUGCUGUGAUCAAGCUAUCGCUUCUCACACAGUACCUCCGUAUCUUCAAAGCCGGAACAAUGCACUGGAUAUGCAAAGCCUUGAUUGUCAUCAUUGGUGCAUGGGGCUUUACCUAUGGAUUCAUGGCUUGGUUUCCCUGCUUUCCUCCACAAGCAUACUAUGACUCGCUCAAAUAUCCGAAUGCUAAGUGCUACGGUUUUGGCUUUGUGAACGCGAAGGAUUUUAUUGGCCUAUUCGAGAGCCACACCGCGCUGAACAUGGUUUUCGACGUUACGGUCUUUGUCACACCCAUGGUCUUAUUCACCAAGCCCAACUUACGGAUGAAGAACUUAGUUGCCAUGUCAGGCAUUUUCAUCGUCGGUGCAGUCGUCGUCUUCACCUCCAUCUGGCGCCUCUACUCCAUCGUCGACAACCGCGCCGCAACCUACCCCUACAUUGACUUCACCUGGUGGACUCCAAUCAGCAUCAUCCUCUCGUGUCUCGAAAUCGACCUCGCCAUCAUGUGCGCCUCGAUGCCCAUCUUCUGGCCCGUUAUCGAGGAGUCCUUCGCCGCCAUAUUCGUCACCCGCGAGGUCCAGAUCACCGAGCAGCGCCGGUACUCCUUCGCUGACCGCGGACUCGCGUACGAGCUCGAGCACAGCGAUACCAUGCGCCGGCAGGCGAGCGUCAAGACGCAGAGCACGAGCCGGGAGAGCUUGGUUAUCACGCGGGAGGACCCGGGGCUGUAA